UCUCCUUGUAUCCAAUCCUGCAGCCUGCAAACAAGAAAUACAAAGUGUUAGAUCUUGAAAUUUACGUUUACUACAUAAGGUAUAUAUUCGUCUGAAUUCUUGAGCAAUUAAAGAGAGAUAUAGGCAUGGCAACUGAGCAAGAACAGAGUAGCAGUAGUAACAAACUCCAGAAAUGGUCUCUUUAUGGGAAGACAGCUUUAGUUACAGGUGGAACCAGAGGUAUUGGGUUUGCAAUAGUGGAGGAAUUAGCAGGAUUUGGAGCAACUAUACAUACAUGUUCAAGAAACCAGAAAGAACUUGAUGAGAAGAUACAAGAAUGGAAAGGCAAAGGAUUUAAGGUGACUGGCUCUGUUUGUGAUUUGUAUAUUAAAGAAGAGAGAGAACAACUUAUUCAGACUGUUUCUUCUGUGUUUGAGGGCAAGCUCGAUAUACUGGUGAAUAAUGCUGCGAUAAGUAUGAUAAAAAGAGCUGCGGAUAUUAGUGCAGAAGAUUAUUCAAAGAUUAUGGGAACUAAUGUGGAGUCCCCUUUCCACUUGACCCAAAUUGCUUACCCUCUCUUGAAAGCAAGUGGAAAUGCAGCUAGCAUUGUUUUCAUUUCUUCCCUUGCUGGUUCAGUUGCACUACCUGCACUUUCUGUCUAUGGAGCUUCUAAAGGUGCAAUCAACCAGCUGACGAAAUUUUUGGCGUGCGAAUGGGCUAGUGAUGGAAUCCGCGUUAACACAGUCUCUCCCUUUGCUGUCAAAACCAACAUUUUGAAACCGGAGGAUAUUGACCCGUCAUUAUUGGGAAAUUAUUCAGAACUGAUGUGUAGAACACCUUUGAAACCAAUAGCAGAGGCAGAUGAGAUAUCGCCAGUGGUGGCAUUCCUUUGUCUUCCUGCUGCUUCACACAUUACUGGUCAGAUUAUUCAUGUUGAUGGUGGAUUUUCAGCUGGUAGUUUCAAAUUUCAGUCCUAAUUUAAUACCCAAUACAAAGAAAAAUAUAACAUGGGGUGGCUCUUUUUAUUUUUAUUUAUUAUUUAUUUGUAUCAACAAACAAUGUUACGUUCUUGUAAAAGAUUGGCUCUUUCACAAUGUAAAACUGUAUCCUUGCUGUCAGUAACGGAAAAUUUAGUAUUGUUGAUUUUUA